UAGGACCUUAGAGUGGGCGCCAUAUUGGUUCCCAGUUGGAGGUCUUGAAGCAACUGGCUAGCAAGAUGCUGACAGCGGCUGUGUACCUCGGAGUGGGCUCUAUGCUCUACUUGACGUCAGCGUCCUACCUGCCUGGGUCCUCGGGCGCAGCUUCCAUGGGACUCUCUGAUGCCUUCCUCAGGGAGAUGGUUGCUAGGAUGGGAAGCGGUUUGGCCGAUACUGGUCGAGAUUACCUCGACCUCCCCCCACAAGGGCUCGGGGUGCCCAUGGCAGAGGGCAUGUCCCCCAGGGCCAUGAAGGAGCUGCCAGGGGGCGCCAUGCCCCUGGACUACGAGGACCUGUCCCUCAGCCCGUCCCUUAGGGACCAGGAGUACCUCUCUCACUCCUCCCUCCUCAGCACCGUCCUCGGCAACUAUGAGGGAAAGCUGAAGCAGCGACCCAAGCCUAACACGAGCGGCUUGAAGAGCCCCAGCAGCGGAGGAGAGGGUGUUCUACCAGCCUACUGCAACCCUCCCAACCCCUGUCCCAUUGGUUACACCGCUGCCGACGGGUGUCUGGAGGAGUUCGACAACACGGCCGGCUUCUCCCGGGACUACCAGUCCCUGCAGGACUGCAUGUGUGACACAGAACACAUGUUUGAGUGCGUGGACUCCACCCGGGACUCUGAGAUCACCGCCCUAGCGCGCUCAAUCCAGAACGAAGGGGUGCUGGACUCUACUCUGGACAAGAUCAUGAGUGGAUUGAGUGACGGAAGCCACCAGCUGGUUGCUAAGAAGUUUCACACAAAGAAGAGCAUGAACCCCUACCUUCAGGGAGAGAGACUGCCGGUGGCGGCCAAGAAAGGCGGAAUGCUGUAAGAGUCCCAUGUCGAAGUGACAAGGAAUUAUAGCAGUCAAGCUACGACAACAAGGUUUUGUGAACAGUGAACAGUGAACGGUGAACAGUGAACGCACCACAAUGGUCGGAUCACUGAUGAUGGGUCAGCGUGGAAGUAGCAGUGAACAAUGAACAGGGGGGUGGGGGAGGGACGUACCAUAAUGGCCAAAUCACUCUGAAUAGGCUAGUGUAAGUAAGCUACAUUGAACUGUGAACAAUGAACAGAUUACAGUGAAUGUACCACAGUGAUUAAAUCACUGUGGAUUGGCCAGUGGUGACAGGGUUACAGUAGUGAAGACGUCCUGGACAACUCUUCCUUGGACAGGUCAUAAUAGAUGUGUUAUUGUUGUCCAAGGACUUACCAGCCCCUUUCACAGUGGACAGAACAUGGUUUAGCACAGUAGUUCUCCCACUGUGCCUAAGUUACCGUGAAGAGAUCACUCCUGGUCGACUAACAAUGACCAGCUUACAAUGCAUAUGUUGCAAUGAUCAAUCCAAGCAGACGGGUACACAGUAGACAGACGACAGUGCAAUGAUCACAGUAGACAGGCGACAGUGCAAUGAUCACAGUUGACAGGCGACAGUGCAAUGAUCACAGUAAACAAACCACCUUGUUUAAAACGAGACAAUGGCCGCAUCUAAGACAAACGAGUGAGAAGAAUGAACUCUAUAUGCUGCUUCAGUAACGCUCAUUUUACCAUACUGGUCUUGUUCAAUGCCUCGAUGGACCAGGGGAAGAGGGAGACCAUUUACACAACCACUGACGAAACCUAUACAUCUUUCCUCCCCCUCAUGGCGGCUGUGUUUACCUAUAUAAAACACCAUAUGAGCACCGAAGCCCUAUACGAGGUUGUUUAUAACAACAACAACCUUUGGGUUGUGAGGUUUCCAGGCUCGUAAAAAAAUUUAUUAAGUGUAAACAAAGCCACCAUGAUCGAGGGGAAAAAGAUGUACAGGUUUCGUAAAUGGAAUUGCUUAAUGACUCUUGACCCAGAACACGGUAAGAAAAUCCAUUAAUACUAACACAGGAGAUAAUUUAAAAUCGCCCAAAAAAAUUUCAAAAUCUACGAAUCUAUAACACGACGCCCUGACCUUUCCGUGGGUCAGGAGGCUCUAAUGACUUAACCACCCAAGGGAGAGGGAAGGGAAGGGGGGUGUAAUUGGCUAAUAAGGAGAGGGGGGGGAUAGUUAGGGUCUUCCUAAACCAUCGGUAUUACAAACUGUUAGAUUAUGUAUUGACUUAAUGUAAGAUUGCAACAGUGUUAGGCACAGGAGGAGCCUUCACUGUUACCAACAGGGAGAUACAAAUAACAGAAGCAACCUUCACUGUUACCAACAGGAGGUACUAAGAACAGAAGCAACCUUCACUGUUACCAACAGGGAGAUACAAAUAACAGAAGCAACCUUCACUGUUACCAACAGGGAGAUACAAAUAACAGAAACAACCUUCACUGUUACCAACAGGGAGAUACAAAUAACAGAAGCAACCUUCACUGUUACCAACAGGGAGAUACAAAUAACAGAAACAACCUUCACUGUUACCAACAGGGAGAUACAAAUAACAGAAGCAACCUUCACUGUUACCAACAGG